AUGAGUGAAUACGCAGCUUUUGCAGAGUCAUUGAGCGUUUCGGAAGAUGCUUCCCAACAACAACAGCCACAACAAGAAACACCAAUGGUGAAUGAGAACGGAACAGAGCCUGUAGAAAGCUCUUCGGAAGCAUCAGCUACUGCUGAAAAAGAAAGUGCAGCUGAAACGACUGUAGAAAACAAGCUUGGAGACAAGGAGGUAGAUGUAUUUGUGAAACAAGUUACCGAGAUGCCAGCUGUAACUGAGGUAAAAGCAUCAUCAUCAACUGAGCAAUCUCAAGAUGCAACUGAUCAAACUCAAUUUAUUGUUCCUGAAUUGAAAGGAUUGAAAACAAUAACCAGCUCCUCUAAAUCAUACCCCCCAAUCACCCAACAAACUGUACCCAUGAAAGAUAACCAAAGAAUCAGAAGAAAGAAUGGUCAUGCAGAUGCCUUAGUGUUAAAAAGAUUUGAAGAUAUUUCAACCUUGUACGACUCAUUCAAAAAGACUGUUGAAAAAUAUGGAGAUAGACCUUGUUUUGGAGACAGAAAAAGAGAUCCAGCAGACCCAAAUAAGCUCUUAAUGGAAUAUGAAUUUAUCACAUUCAAUCAAGUGAAUGAAAUGGCAAGUAAUCUUGCUGCGGGUUUGAGGCAUUUAGGAAUGGAACCAAAUCAACAUCUUGCAAUCUAUAGCAAAAACAGAAAGGAAUGGCAAAUCUCUGUUGAAGCUUGCAACAAACAAUCAUUUGUUAGUCUUGCCUUGUAUGAUACAUUGGGAGAGGAGUCUUCUGCAUUCAUUAUGAAUCACGGGGAGGUUGUCGUUUUGUGUUGCUCUGGAGAAGUCAUGCCUAGUGUCAUGAAAUUGGCUCCGAAAUCAAAAAUGCUAAAGAAUAUCAUUUGUUUUGAUACCAUCACAGAGGAACAAACCAGUACUUUGGAAAAGAGUGGAAUCAAACUUCACACUUUCCAACAAGUAUUAGAAAUGGGAAAGAACAACCCAAUCGCAGACGUGCCACCCUCACCACAAUCCAUUGCCUGUCUUAAUUACACUUCAGGAACUACUGGAUUACCAAAGGGUGUUAUCAUUACUCACUUUAAUUUUAUUGCUGCUGCUGCAGGUAUUACUCACAACAUUAUUGACCUCAACGAGCAUGAUUGUGUCAUUAGUUAUUUACCUCUUGCUCACAUCUUGGAACGAAUGGUUGAAAUUAUUUUCCUUCAACAUGGUGCCAGCAUUGGUUUCUGGUCAGGCAACAUUAAGACAUUAAAGGAUGAUUUGGCAGCUUUGAAACCCACCGCAUUCCCUGCUGUUCCUCGAGUUCUUGACAAAUUAUAUGAUGGUAUUAAGGAAAAAAUCUCAAAGGAAUCGAAGAUUAAACAAUGGGCUCUUAAUAGGGCCAUUAAAUCAAAAGAAGAAGGAAUGAUUUCUGGAAAAUCAACCCCCAUUGCUGAUAUUGUUUUGGGAGUUGUGAGAAAGAACUUUGGAGGUCGUAUUCGAUUUGUACUCAGCGGUGGAGCUCCAAUUCGACCAGAAGUUCAAGCCUACAUGAGAGUGAUUUUUGGAUGCAACUUGGUUCAAGGAUAUGGCUUAACUGAAACAUGUGCUGCAUCGACAAUUCAACUUGCCUAUGAUUACAGUGAGGGACACAUUGGUUGUAUAGUACCCUCUGUGGAAAUUAAGUUGGAUGACGUUGAGGAAAUGAAUUAUACAGUUGAAAAGAACAAUAGUGGAGAGAUUUGCGUGAGAGGACCAUCUGUUAGUAUGGGAUACUACAAGGAUGCUGAAAAGACAAAGGAAGCAUGGGAUGAUGAUGGCUGGUUCCAUACAGGAGACAUUGGUCGUUACAAUGAAAAUGGUACCAUUACCAUUAUUGACAGAAAGAAGAAUAUUUUCAAGCUAAGUCAAGGAGAGUACAUUGCUGCUGAAAAUAUUGAACAAAAGUUGGCUCAAACCAAAUACAUUAAUGGAAUUUGGGUUUAUGGUGAUUCUUUCAAGAGUUGCUUGGUUGGUUUUGUGGCUGGUAAUAUUCCACAAUUACAACAAUAUGCAAAAGAAAAUGGAAAACAACAACUGGCUGAUAAGGUUGAAGAAUUGUGCGAAGACCCUGAUAUCAACAAGAUGGUGUUAGCAGAACUCACCAACACUGCAAAACAACACAAGCUCAAAGGCUUCGAAAUGGUAAAAGCUGUCAAGAUUUUACCAAAAGAGUUCGAUCAAUAUGGGUGUAUGACUCCAACCAUGAAGCUCGUUAGAAACAAGAUGAAAGAUUUAUUCCAAGCAGACAUUGACAAGCUCUAUGAAACCAUUCCAGAUGCUUAA